AACGGAGCGCCGAGCGCCUGUUUUCCGGGUUCACACUCACUCAGCAUGUAGAGGAGGCGGACCGCCGGGAGACACCUGGACCACCGCGGACACACCGGAGCCCGGACACACGGUAUCGAUCCGCAGAUAUCGAUCAGCUAUCAUUGAAGAAUGGGGAACCUGAUCAAAGUGUUAACCAGAGACAUCGACAACAAUGGUGGAAACUUCUUCCUGGACUUUGAGAACGCUCAGCCCUCACAGUCGGAGACGGCGGUGUGGGAGAAGGUGAACCAGGUGCUGACGGAGGCUCGGGUCAUCCUGGACGACCUGCAGGCAUACAGAGGAGCAGGAGAGGAGAUACGAAAGGCCAUCCAGAGUCCUGGUGUGGAGGGUGUACAGGAGAAGGCCUGGUCUGCUGUGGUUCCUCUGGUCGCUAAACUCAAAACCUUCUACGAGUUCUCCCAGAAACUCGAGUCCAGUCUGCACUGUCUCCUGGACGUCCUCACCAGCUCUGGUUCGACUCCCACUCAGCAUCUGGAGCAGAAACAGGCUCUGGCUCGUCAGUUCGCCCACAUCCUGCACUUCACGCUGCGCUUCGACGAGCUCAAGAUGACAAAUCCUGCCAUUCAGAACGACUUCAGCUACUACCGCCGCACAAUCAGCCGCAUGCGAAUCAACAACGUGUCUGCCAACUCAGAGAAUGAGGUCAACAACGAGCUGGCCAAUCGGAUGUCUCUGUUUUACGCCAGCGCCACGCCGAUGCUGAAGACGCUAAGUGACGCCACAACAAAGUUUGUCUCAGAUAAUCCGGACGUCCCAAUCGAAAACACGACAGACUGUCUGAGUACGAUGGCCAGUGUGUGUAAAGUGAUGCUGGAAACACCGGAGUAUCGCAGUCGCUUCGCCAGUGAGGAGACGGUGCUGUUCUGCCUCCGUGUGAUGGUCGGCGUCAUCAUCCUCUACGACCACGUUCACCCGGCCGGAGCCUUCGUUAAGACCUCCAACAUAGACAUGAAAGGCUGCAUCAGAGUGCUGAAGGAGCAGCCGCCCAGCAGUGUGGAGGGAUUACUCAACGCUCUCAGGUACACGACCAAACAUCUGAACGAUGAGACUACCUCCAAGCAAAUCAAAAACAUGUUGCAGCCAAAUUAACUCCGUGCUUGUUUUGUUGUGUUUUGGUCCAAAUUUCAAAAGAACUACUGAACUUUAGCUAAUAAUUCCUUUGUGUAACGUCACUUGUUGUUUUGUUGUUUUGUUGUUUUUUUUUUACUCUCAUUUGAAAAAAAAAAGCUGUUUUUGUUGUUGUAAAAAGAAAAGAUGUAAUAAU